AUGUCUGAGGACAGAAGACGAGCUGCUGUGAAGGACCAUGAGGAACCUGUGAAGGACCAUGAGGAACCUGUGAAGGACCGUGAGGAACCUGUGAAGGACCAUGAGGAACCUGUGAAGGACCAUGAGGAACCUGUGAAGGACCAUGAGGAACCUGUGGAGGACCAUGAGGAACCUGUGAAGGACCAUGAGGAACCUGUGGAGGACCAUGAGGAACCUGUGAAGGACCAUGAGGAACCUGUGAAGGACCAUGAGGAACCUGUGAUGUCCCACAGAGCUCAGCUGCGUCUCUCCAGGGAAACGACUGCUGCAGGCCCCUCGGUCAACGACCCCCCCGACUGUCCCGUCCUCCAUGAGGGCGUGAACCUCGGAGGGAGCUCGUCCUCGGUCACUUCCCUGAGUCUGAAUCCGAUCAUCUGCGACCUCCUGGAGGAUCUGGAGCGGAGUCCUCACGCUGCCGCCAUCGCUGAGUGCUUCGUGGAGAGGAGUGAAGCGUUCGACUUCUACACACUCUACUGCAUGAACUACCCCAACUCGGUGGCGGUGCUGAGGGACUGCAUGAAAAACGAAAGUCUGGUUCGUUUCUUCCAGGAGAGACAGACGACUCUGAACCACUCGUUACCUCUGGAGACGUAUCUGCUCAAACCAGUGCAGAGGAUCCUCAAAUACCACCUGCUCCUACAGGAGCUUUCUAAGCACUUUGAUAAGAGCGUCCCUGGAUACGAGGUCGUGGAGGACGCCAUCAUCACCAUGACGGCGGUCGCCUGGUACAUCAACGACAUGAAGAGGAAACAGGAGCACGCCAUCCGGCUGCAGGAAAUCGAGUCCUUGCUGGUGAACUGGAACGGGCCGGACCUGGGCGGGUUUGGCGAGCUGGUUCUGGAGGGUUCCUUCAAGGUCCUGAGAGUGAAGAAGGAGCGAGCGUUCUUCCUGUUCGAUAAGAUGCUGCUGAUCGCCAAGAAGAGGCUGGAGCACUUUGUCUAUAGCACACACAUAUUUUGUUGUAACCUGAUGCUGGUGGAGACGCUGAAGGACUCGCUGUGUUUCAAAGUGUCGGACCAGACGAUUCCCAAACUGCAGCACGUCGUCCAGACGAAGAACCAGGAGGAGAAACGACUGUGGGUUCACUACCUCAAGAGACUGAUCGUGGAAAACCACCCGGCUUCACUCCCACAGAAGGCGAGACAAGUCCUGGGAGACAACUUCUGUCAAUCGCCUCACUUCGAGCAGGACAACCUGAAGAAGUCCUGCGCUUCACUACGGCCGGAAGACGUCCACGGCUUCCACCGAGGACGACGCCAAUCAGAACCUCCAGAGCUGCUGACCUACACACCUGAGAAGUCCAGGAAGAGUCUCCCGCUGCUGCUGGACGGAAACCUGCCGUACAGACGCACCCGGAGACAGUCAGCUCCGGCUAAAGACAUUGAAGCUGUGUUUCAUCCCAACGGUGAGAACGUCUCUGUGUCAAAGCCGGCCGGCAGCGAUGGCGAGCUGUGCCCGGGCGACAGCAGCAGCACGCUGGCGUCCUCCGUCAUCGAGGUGGAGGCUGAAGCGUCAGAGCAGCUACGACGUAAAAACAAGGAAAAGGAAGAGGAAGAGGAAGAGGAGGAGUUGACGUCACUGAUUGCGGCUCCGACUCUGUCCAUCACCGAGGAGAUCCUGGAGUUCAUCAACCAGAGCCGAGCCCGGGAGGGACUCGCCUCCAUCCGCUCUGACACGAGGGUCCUGGAGGAGCUGGAGGAGAGUCCGACUCCAGCUUACCAGACCAACUUCACCUGCCCACUCCCCCCCGUCGCCGGCCCCCCCAGCCCAGUGCAGAGCACCUCGGGGCAGGACGAGGGGGGAAGCCCAGGAACGGAGGAGGACAGCGCCCUCCACAGGCCGACCGGGGGCUCCGGUGAUGAAAUUAGACUUGAAAAUAAGACUGAGGACAAAGAAAUUCCAGAAAACACGAGAGAAGUUGAAAUGGUAUCGGAGGCAGAUGAAGAGAAACAAGGAGAAAGUUCAGAAACAGACAAAGAUGAGAAUAAAGCUUUGGAUGAGGAGGAGGUUGUCGUGCCUGCUCCAGUUCCAGAUCUUCAUCGCUCCGCCUCAGCAGAAGAAAAGAGAGAGAGCGGAGGCAGCUGUGACUUACCCACCGAAGAGGCAAAGAACGAGGUCACAACCUCCUCGCAAAGUUCAGAUCUCCUCCUUCAGCCCAUCCAGAGACGUCAGCCGCCCAGCAGACGCUCCCACCUCACCAAGCGAGACAAGAAGAUCAUCGAAAAGAUCCGGAGUUACUACGAGGCAGCGGCCGAGGCCGAGGAGGAGGAGGCGGAGGAGGAAGGGGAGCAGGCAGAAGGAGGGGCAACAAGAAGGCGGAACAGCUUCUCACAAAUCCCAUCCGGCUUGGUGAAGGAGUCUGUAUCACGCUUGGAUGUGAGUGGACACCAGGGGGAGCCAGAGAGUGGACAAUCCGUGUCUGAAACCAUCAAUGGAGAGACUUAUGGAGGGACGGAUCCCUGCUUCAGACAUGGUCCCACCUCGUCCCCAGCUCCACUCUCAGCUGAUGGAGCGGGUGGUAGACAGGCAGAGAAACCAAUCAGCCGCCCGGAUUCUGAUGCAGACAGACCAAUGGAGACACCAACCUCUAGUGUGAUGCAGGACCAGGAGACCACGAACCCGGUUGGCGAGACUGGACAGCAGAAGCAUCCGGCUGGAGAAGAGAGUGAGAUACAGGACAACAAUGGAGAUUUCUGCAGUGGACUGUUGGAAGAAGAAGAUCUGUGGGAUACGCAGGAGGGAAAGACAAGUGUUGUUGCUACUGGGAAGAAGGAUGGAGAUUCACUGCAAGGAGAAGGACCAUCUGCUUCCAAACCAGACGACACAACCUGUCCCGAAAACCAAGCUGUGAUCAACAGUUGUGAAAAAACCGUCUCGAUAGAAUCCAAAGAAAGCGACGAAGAGCCGUCUACUCCUUCACGUACAGAGCAGUGUCUAACAGCCGAGACCAGAACUCAGUCGCCCUGGAGCUCAUCCAAACACAGAGAACUGGCCAAGACCAGCGGAAACCUGGAGGGUCUUCCCAGUCAGAUCAAAGUGGGUGGAUGGUCCCGCCCCUCCAGGGUUGUCACCGCUAACCGGGCCUUGUUUGAGGGCAUGGGAUCGGAUGUAGCCAGUUUUGGAUUAUUUGAGUCCAAUCCAGUGGCGGACUCCGUAUCGAUCGAAAACUCAGAGCGUAUUCUGAGCAAGGUCCAAACACUGGCUAGUAUGUACAGCGCCAAAGCCAGCACCAUGAAGGUCCCGCUGCAUCAGAAACGGGCCUACGGGGUCUGGAACCAAUCCUUGGGCUCAGGUACCCGGACUGGACACGCUACUCAGACCCACACGAGGACUCAGCAACAGGUUCGAUCCCAGACUCAAAAACAAAUCCCAGCUCAGUGCAGGCAGCAACCGAAACAGCAAAUGGAAAUCAAUCAAUCAGAAACCAAAACUGGAAUCCAUACUCAGUCUGAGACCAAAAAUCGGAGCAAAACCACAACACAACCUAGGGAACAGCCGACACAUUUCCAAAACCAGGCAAAGAUCUGCAGCCAGAACCAGACCAUGAACAUGGAGAACCAGAGGAUGCAGGAAAAGAGAAUGAUGAGGAGAGCUCAGAGUCUGACAAAUGAUUUCCAGGGGAUGACGUCCUCUGCCUGUCACCUGCAGACACAGGAAUUCACCCUCUCCAGGCCCAGGGACUUUAUCUUCGCCUUGACCAGAGAAAGAGACUCUCGGUUGGGCGUCAGCUGUCCGACCUCCACCUCCCCUGUGGAGAAUCAGUCCACUGGACUCAGAGCUCAGUCAUCCAGUCAAGCCCAAGAGGCGUCUCCAGGAUCCAGACAUCGAAUUGACUCUCUGAAUCACAGCAGAGAGUUUCAAACAGAUGCUGAAGUGACAGACAGAAGAGACGGGUUGGAGCAGAGUGCUGGACACCCUGGGUACUCCAUCAGAGAAGACACAACAAUUGUAAACAUCAUGACAGCACACAAAUACAAUCAGGACACACCAGCGACUCAAGAUAAGGAAACAGCAGAAUGCAAAGUUCCCACAGGGCAUUCAGACAACGAGGAUGUUCCGAGUCUUCAUCCUGGGCCUGAACACUUGGUUUGCACAAAGAACUUGGAUAGAGAGGCAUCGCUGGGGGGGGCGGGCCUCGGAGUAGCGCCUGCUCAGAGCCAGUCUGCUGCAGAGGACCAGGGCUCCAUGGGGCCUCACCAAGGAGAGCAGCCCCCCCUGCAGGAGGAGCACUGCACUUCACCGGGGACAUCUGGGCCGCCAAAGAUCGAUGAGCUGCCAAGAAAUCAGAUGAAAUCACCUGAGACGUAUAAUGCUUUCAAUUCUUCCUCACAAAGCAGGAUGACUCUACAGGGGUCAACGCUGAUCUUUCCUGAGGAGCCGGCUUGCAGCCGAGCUUCAAGAGAACUCGUUGUUCCAGCUCCUCUGAGGCAGCCUUUGCACUUGACCUUUGACCCCUCUGUGGCUUCGAGUCAUGCAUUCACAGAAACCCACGAGGAUCUCAGAGCAGGAGCAGGACCGAGGCCGUCCACAGACCGUCUACCAGCCUUCACCAGCAGGGGGCCACCAGACUCACCCCCCACUGGGGCUGAACAGGCUCCGUCUAACUCCUGGAGUGUCAGUAGCAACGCUCCAUGUGAACACAGGGACAAACCCCAGCAGGACCUCACUCGUCCACCGUCCAGACCUUCCUCCGGGACAACCAGCCUGGUGGAGCGGCCCAACCAACACAGGUCUACCCACACCUCUGACACAGAACUCUGCACAGCGGCCUCGGCCUUCAGACCUGGAUUCAGAGCCUCCUCCCCUUCUCCUGUUAGAAACUGCCCCGCCUCCUCUCCGCCUCCGACCUCCUCUUCUGCCGUGCGAGCGCCUCCUUGCUCCUCCUCAUCCAGGGUCGUUCCAGCAGCUUCUCCAACCGGUGUGUCUGUAGAUGGCUUCACCUCCACGAACAUGUUCUCCGACGCCCUUUCCUGUGUAUCCAUGACUCCCUCUUGUGGCAGAGUUUCCUCCAUGAGAGUCCCACCGGCCUCAUCUCCAGCACCAACUGCUUUCACCUCCUCCUCCUCCUCCUCCUCCUCCUCCUCCUCUUCUUCUUCUUCAGGGAGGUCCUCAUCAGUAAGAGCAGGCCUUCCUUCCUCCCCUACACCCUCCUCUUCCCUCCGCUCCUCCCCCAUUGCCUCCUCCUCUGCAUUUACCAGAUCAUUAGCCGCCUCCUGCAUCAGUCAGUCUAUAAGUCAGAGUAUGGCAAAGAAGAACACCGCCCGGCAACAAGCCCCGCCCAUGAAGUCAGUAAACCCGAGGCCCUCCUCCACUCCAUCCUUACCCUCCGCUCAUCUACGACAGCGCUCCCCUUCUCCUAAACUGCCUCCCAGUCACCACAGCUCCAGUUCACCUGCUCAUGUCCAGCCAGGGUGCAACAAGGAUGGGAACCAGCAUCCAAGGUGUCCAGCGUCCUCCCUCCAGUCCUCGUGUCCUUCUCUGUCCCCUCACCUGCCUCCUCAUUCCCUCUCACACCGGCCUCCUUCCCCAUCUACGAGUACGGUCCGUUAUCAAUCGACCCACUCUUCUUCGACUCCCGUCCAUCCUUCACUCCUUCAGUCACAAAUAGAUUCGCUGCAGAAUGCAAACAACAACAAUAACAACAAGUUAGCGGGUUUAACCACUUGGACCAGCAACCUGAGUAAUACCAGCAGUGGCAUGAGUGGUGCUGACUGCAAUGGCGGCUGGUCAGGAAGUCCACAGAAAGCUCCAUCAGCUGAUCCCAGCUCUAAUGCCACAGAUUCUCUCUGGUCAGGGUCUCACAACCGUGUCGCUCAACCUUUUACUGCAUCUGAACCAAGCUCACGGGUUCAAUCCCCAUCUCCGACCCCGGCUCCUGCUGGGUUUACUCGGCUCUACUCCCCACCUCCUCAACACAACUACUCCUCCCCCAUGGCAAACAAACCUCCUCACCCCCGGAGCACAAGAGCAGGGGCUACAAGUUACCAUAAUCCACUAGGCCUGACUUUAGAGCUACCCACUUCCUCCUCAUGUCUGAGCCCCCGGAUCCUGUCCCCACCCCCGAUUGGUGUGUCAGUGAAUGUUUGGACUAAUAACGUCGCAGCACCUCAACCGAGAAACCCCAGAUUUGCUUCUGCUUCUUCUCCUUCAUCACCCUUUUCUUCCUCAUCAAUGUUCGCUUCCUCACCAGUUCCACUCCACAGCUCCAGAGCCCCCUCCCCUUCUGGCCCCGCUGCCUCCCGACUCACCUCCCAAACACUCCGGAGGUCUUUCUCCUCCAACUUGGCCGACAGACCCCCGAGCCCAGUGCGUCGCUCCUGGACCGAGAGCGGGCGCAGGUCCUUCGGUUUCAGUGGAAGUGAACGAGGGUCCUUUGACCAGCAGGAGUCCUGUCCACCUAGUCCAAGGAGUGGAUGGUCCUCAUACAACAGCUCACCUCCAUGCCUCAGCCCCCAACCGGGGCUUCACUCCCCUCUUUCACCCCCAGGGAAGGGCACCCUUGGUGGGCAGCAUUUCACCAGUGUGCCUUGGCCGGAUGUCCAAGAGCUUUCGAGCAGAUAUAAUGGGACUGAUGGCCUCGAUGUUAGUGUCACUACCGCUAUCAUUACCUCCUCUCCUUCUCCUCUCUCUCCACUCUCUCCUUCUGUCCUCUACUCUCCCACUCCAUCAGAUAGCCACAAAGAAUGGGGCGACCCAGAGCUGGAAGACGGUAACUGUCGAAGCCAGCUCAUCUGCGCCUACGUUUCCCGGCCCGCCCACGAACAAACCCUCUCCUCCUCAGGCAUGACCUUCCCUCCACUGACCUCCCAUCAAUACCAAAGCCGCCCAUCCCAAGUCAAACCACAACCUCAGGUCCAAAUGGCCACUAAAGCGCCCUCUGCACCAUCAAACCACUCCCCCUUGCCCCCAAGCAGCAGACCUGGAGGCUGCUGCCUUGCUCGAGGGCACCUCAGCAGUCACUGGAGGCUGAUCUGGAUUCCAUCAGGACUCUCCCAGGAGAACGGCCCCAGUGGGACGUCUGACAUGGAUGUGAUGGAUUUGCACUGCUCAGGCUGA